CAGCGGCGCAGCGCGGCCUCAGUCUGCUGCUCGUCUCCUCCUCUGCUCCUCCUCUGCUCCUCUCCGGACUCCACUACCCAGCAUGCAGUCUGCUCGCUCUGCUCUGUGCGUGAAGGCCGAGAACUCUCUGAGCGGCCACGUGGCGCUCAUGUCUCUGGACAAAGAGAACACGCCGCCGUCUCUGAGCGCGAGCCGCAUCCUGACGUCAAAGACCGCGCGCAGGAUCUUCAGCGAGCACAAAGCCGUGAAGAAGAGCGUUGGUGAGGAAGAGGAGGAGCCUCUGCUGAAGGAGAACCCUCGUCGCUUCGUCGUCUUCCCCAUCCAGUACCACGACAUCUGGCAGAUGUACAAGAAGGCCGAGGCCUCUUUCUGGACCGCCGAGGAGGUGGAUCUGUCCAAAGACGUGCAGCACUGGGAGUCUCUGAAGGACGACGAGAGGUUCUUCAUCUCUCACGUGUUGGCCUUCUUCGCCGCCAGCGACGGCAUCGUCAACGAGAACCUGGUGGAGCGCUUCAUGCAGGAAGUGCAGGUGACGGAGGCCAGGUGUUUCUAUGGUUUCCAGAUCGCCAUGGAGAACAUCCACUCAGAGAUGUACAGCCUCCUCAUCAACACCUACAUCAAGGAGCCCACAGAGAGAGAAUACCUGUUCAACGCCAUUGAGACCAUGCCGUGUGUGAAGAAGAAGGCCGACUGGGCGAUCAACUGGAUCGGCAACAAGGCAGCAAACUACGGAGAGCGCGUGGUGGCCUUCGCUGCCGUGGAGGGAAUCUUCUUCUCCGGUUCCUUCGCCGCCAUCUUCUGGCUGAAGAAGAGAGGCCUGAUGCCCGGCCUGACCUUCUCCAACGAGCUCAUCAGCAGAGACGAGGGUCUGCACUGUGACUUUGCCUGUCUGAUGUUCAAACAUCUGGCGAACAAGCCGUCGGCAGAAACCGUCACCAGCAUCAUCAGGAACGCCGUGGAGAUCGAGCAGGAGUUCCUGACGGAGUCUCUGCCGGUGAAGCUGAUCGGGAUGAACUGUGAUCUGAUGAAGCAGUACAUCGAGUUCGUAGCCGACAGACUGAUGCUGGAGCUCGGCUUCACAAAGAUCUACCGGGUGGAGAACCCCUUCGACUUCAUGGAGAACAUCUCUCUGGAGGGAAAGACCAACUUCUUUGAGAAGCGUGUGGGCGAGUACCAGAGGAUGGGCGUGAUGUCCGGCCCCACGGACAACGCCUUCAGGCUGGACGCAGACUUCUGAGCCCCGAGCUGGAGCACAGACUCAAACUUCAUGUACAGGAACUGUGUUUGUCUCCAAGUGAUGAGUGAGCUCUGGGCCAAUCAGAGCACAGACGAGGAGCACUGCAGUCCAGGGAUCUGACCUCAGACCAGGUGUAACGUCUGGAGAACGUCUUGGUAACAAGCGUACAGAGAUGAACUCUGCUGGUGGUUUGGAUCAGAACCUGUUUUUAUGUUUUUAUUAAACCUGCUAUAUUAGUACGUUUGCUAUGGACCUUGUUUUAGAUUUAUCUAUUUGUACAGUUAAUGUGUUUUUUGGGGGGGUUUUAAUAAAGCCAAAUAUACGAAAUGUUAAAGCC